ACUUCAAACGUUUGGUUAAUAAACAGGUCUCAGAGGCCUGUGUGCCAGGUCCCCAGUUUCUUGGGGUCAAGGCAGGCAGCUGUGUCCCCAUCUGACCUGCUGGCUACCCUGGACUGGACAGUGAUGAUGCCCACCGUGCAUCCUGGCAGGAUCCCACUCAAGGCGGCCACCAUCUGCCCCCCACCGCAGGACAAGAGCACCCAGCCCUCCCGUCUCUCCCAGCCUGGCCGUGUCGGAUGAGGGAGGGGAGGGUCCCCUCGGGUCCCCUCCUCUUCCCGUCUCUGAAAUUGGGGAUGAGCUCUGUUGCCCCACUUGGCCCUGGUCUCUGGGAGAGUCACAGGCCAAAGCCCCCAGGGCACCGUGUCUACUGUCGGGCGGUUGAGGCCAGCCCUGGCUGGCUCCCGGGGCUCUCCUGGGCGGGCCCGCCACUCCGGUUCCUGCAUUUCUUGUCUGUGGCUGGUGUGUCCCUCCCUGGGAGGAGGCUUUUGCCCCAGGACGUCGGGGGGUGGUGGGUGGGGAGUCUUCCUCCUCCCUUCCCUCGGAUCUGCAGAAAAGGAGGGGAGCCCAUCUGCAGCGGGACUGUCGCUGGAGCUCUGUCCUCAGCCAGACGCAGCCCCGGUUCCGCGCUGGUCCCAGCUCCGACGUGCGCCCUCGGGAGGCUUGGUUGGCAGCGAGCUCAGAAGCUCCGUGGCAGGUGCAGGCGACAUGGCCGAGCAGCUGUCCAAAGAGCAGGUGGCCAAGUUCAAGGAGGCCUUCGACAGAAUCGACAAGAACAAGGAUGGCACCAUCAACGUGCAGGAGCUGGGCGCCGUGAUGCGGUCCCUGGGCCAUAACCCGUCAGAGGCCGAGCUCAAGGAGCUCAUCGCCAGAGUGGACAAGGACGGGGACGGCAGCAUCAGCUUCGAGGAGUUCCUGGCCGCCAUGGUCACGGUGAUGCAGGCCCACGGCAGCCAGGGCGGCCUGCGGGAGACCUUCCGCGCCUUCGACCUGGACGGCGACGGCCACAUCAGCGUGGACGAGCUCAGACAGACCAUGGCCAAGCUGGGGGAGACGCUGUCCCCGGAGGAGCUGGACAUGAUGAUCCGCGAGGCCGACGUGGACCAGGACGGGCGGGUCAACUACGAGGAGUUCCUGCGUGUCCUCGCCCAGAAGUGAGGCCCCUCUGCCCCUCGUCGGCCCCGCGUCCUCGAGGGGACGCAGAGGGACAGUCUGGGCGGUGGGGAGGCCUGGCCUCUCCUGGGCCGGGUUCUGCUCUCUGCCCAGCGCGACCGCGUGUGCUCCUGGGCUGGGGUGCUCCCUACCUCACAGGGCUGUUGUGAGGCACCCCGAAGCCGCAGGGUGGGGGGGGGUGUCCAGAAUAAAAGGGAUGUGAGCUCUGA